AUGGCGCAUCAAAGGGCGCAAUCCACAUCCGAAGCGCUGAAAGGUCCUCACACCGUGAGUCUCAAAGUGCUACGUCUCUCCCGACCCUCCCUAGCAACCCAAUACCCCCUCCCCGACGCCUCCCCCUCCACUCCCCUCCACAUACCCCCCGAAGCAGCCCUCGCCUACCCCUCCACCACUUCUUCUCCUCUCGACCACUCCACCAUCAGUCCCCUCCUCAAACUGCCCGAGUCCUUCGGCUCCGCCUACGUCGGCGAGACCUUCUCCUGCACGCUGUGCGCGAACAACGAACUCCUCGCCUCCGACAACACGCGCGCGGUCAGCGGGGUGCGUAUCACGGCGGAUAUCCAGACGCCGUCCAAGCCCGCGGGGGCGGGGUUGGAGCUGCAGGGUGCAAGUGGAGAGGACGACGCGGACGAGAGCGGGAGCGAGGAGCUGGCGCCGGGGCAGACGCUGCAGAAGAUCUUGCGGCAUGAGCUUAGGGAGGAGGGGAAUCAUAUCCUGGCUGUUACGGUUAGGUAUACCGAGACGGUGCUCACUGGGGGUGGGGGGGAGGGGCAGGGCGCGGCGAGCGGAAGAGUCAGGACGUUUAGGAAGCUGUAUCAGUUCGUUGCGCAGCCGCUGCUGAGUGUGAGGACCAAGGCGGGGGAGCUACCGGGGAAGGGGAGGGGGUGGGCGCGGUACGCGCUUGAGGCGCAGUUGGAGAAUUUGGGGGAGAGGGCGGUGGUGCUUGAGACUGUGAGCGUCAAUCCUAGAUCACCGUUCAAGUCUACAUCGCUCAACUGGGACGCAUCUCCUCCCGGCGAAGAAGUAGGCCCGUCUCCGAUCAUCAAUCCCAGAGACGUCUUCCAGGUCGCUUUCUUUCUGGAGCAGCAGGGAGGUCUCGCUGGCGACGACGAGAACGCAGCCAAGCUGCGCUCGGGUGACAGACGACUCAUACUGGGUCAGCUGUCUAUACAGUGGAGGAGCGCUAUGGGCGACCGCGGGACGCUGAGUACGGGCUGGCUUACAGGUCGCCAGCGGUAG